AUGCAGUCCCCAAACCUUUUUCGUAGCCUCUGCGCCCUCUUCGUCGUCUUGAUCGGCGCUCAUCUAGUAUCCACCUCCCCUGUGGCCAUUAGCAGCCCGCAGGCCGCCACCGCCGACAACUCCGUCAUCACGCCUCGGGCCGGAGGCGGUUGGUGCUGGCCCUUCUGCAACCCCUUCAACCGCGGCCUGCCUAACACCCCGACCCGCUACGACUUCCGCCCCCCCGCCUCAACGGCCCGCGCGCUCUACCUCGACACCCCGGACACCCAGGUCACUCUCCGGGUCGAGACCCAGACUACGGGCGCUGUAGUGGUGCUUGCGUCGAUCGGCACACACUACAGGCUGCCAGCGCACGCUGAGAUCAACGUUCGCCUGUUGAUCCGUAACUCGCACUUCGAUUUCAACCACUCCAACCUCCAAAUAGGUAGCGAGACGGCCGUUGUGAGAAUCUCACCCGAGCAGGCGGCGAGUUUCAGGACAGGGGACGGUGGCUCUGACGGGUCAUUUAAAAUCACGCUUCUGUAUAAGCUAGGCCAGGACCUGUAA